AUGCCGCCCAAGCAACGCAACAUCAGAAAGAAGAGGGCUCUGGAGGAGGAGGAGGAUGGGGAAGCCGCGGGCGAGGGGGAGCCCACGGCCGAGAUCGAGAAGGCCACCCUGGAGGACCUCAAGCUGCUGCAAAAGCUGCGAAAACGGACAGCUGGUAUCCAUUCAUCGGCCCUCGCAGCCAGCCGCGCCGACGAGGCCGAUUUUGGCGAGGAGAACGAGCUGAUGGAGGCGUACGUCAAAGCACAGGGCGCUCAGACGGUAGUACUCACGGAGGAGCAGCACAUGGAGCGCUACGUGGAGCAGGAGGUCGCGAAGCGGCUGGGCAAGCAGGUCGACGACGGGCUGCAGCGCGCGACGAGCCAGCGGGAGCGCGAGGAGGAUGCGCUGUUCGAGGUCCCAGAGGAGCUCAAGGCGCAGCUGAAGAACGAGGUUAGCAUCCCCGGCCUCAACACUGCGAUAACUGAGGUUGAGGUUUCCAAGGAGGCCAAGUUGCGCAAAAUUGAGGAGACGGAGGCCAUAAAGCGGCGGCUGCUCGAGCAGGACGCGGGAUGGGGCGGCGACGUGGGCCCCGGCGACGCGAAAGCGGGCAAGGUCCACCGCGCCUCGUUCGUGCCCCGGUUCGGGCGGCAGCUUCCCAAAGUGCAGCUGCCCGCUGACGUGGACCCCGAGGAGCUGGAGAGGCGGCGACGCUUCGUCAGCGAGCGGACGCCCGACCCCCGGAAGUUGAAGCAGCAGCAGUUGCAGCAGCAGAGGGGCGGCGGGCGGUAG